GUCAAUCGAGGCAAUGUCUGUACGCGUUUCUGGCCGGACCUGGCCAGAGGGCCGAGGUGCUCUUCACUGCCUUCAACCUACGCGGGACGCCCCCAGAUGGAGCCGCAGUCGGAGAAUUACCUGCAUGUGUUCACGAGUACAUGGACGUGUAUGCAGAAGUGCAGUCUGCGGAGCCCGGCGAGUUGAUAAACUCGCCGUUCGGCGGCCGCUAUUGCGGUCCGAUCCUGCCGCGACGACGUAUCUCCCUGUACCGCGCGGUUGCCUUGUCCUUUUACACCGACAAGAAUCAGACGCACCCGGAACUAUUCGCAGGACGAUAUGCCUUCAUCAACGACAGCGAAUAUGAGGUCGGCACUCCCGUGCCGAACACGGCCUGCAGCUUUACGGUGCAGGCGAGUAAAAAGAAGACAGGUUUCAUUAUGUCGCCGACGUAUCCUGGCGCAUACCCGAAGGAUCUUUCGUGUACCUACCAGUUUAUCGGCGAACCAGGACAGCGUGUUCGGUUGGAGUUUCGAGAUUUCGAUCUGUUUUUCGGCGGACCACACUGUCCAUUCGAUUUCGUGAAGGUAUACGACGGCCCAGACAAUACUAGUGCAGUGGUUGGGACGUACUGUGGUCAGCAAAGGAACCUCGUGCUAUAUUCGAGCGAAUCGCAGCUGGUCGUACAUUUCAAGACACUGCAGCGCACUGCCAAUACGCAAAACCGCGGAUUUAAAGGCAUUUUUGAGUUUUCGGAGAGCUUCGUCAAAUUAGAUUUUAUAAGCGAACACGACGGCGAACACAUUCGUGGCUCAGAGUGCGAUCAAAAAAUUCUAAGCAAAAAAGAAUCCGCCGGUUUUGCGUACAGUCCAAAUUAUCCAUAUCCGUAUUUUCCAAAAAUCGUAUGCCGCUACUUUAUAUAUGGGAUGCAGGAUUCACAACAUCUUGAACGAGUGCGGUUAGAAUUCAUCAAGUUUGAAAUUCCAAGGAAUUUGACCGUCAAGGGAGAUAGUUGCACGGAUGGCUAUUUGAAGAUUUACCUCAAAGGCCAAGAAGCGACCGAUUCCUACGACAAAUUCGAUCAUGAACUAUGCGGAGCUGAAGAAAAUCAACCGAGUACUGUGGUUUCUGAUGGCCCACGAUUGGUUAUGGUCUUCAGUUCUGGCGAGUUACAAGGAAGAGGUUUCAAGGCGCGUUACAGUUUCGAAACGGAGUACAGAAUACCAGGUACGGCAGCUCCUGAUGGAAGUUGUAGCUUCACGUACAGAAGUUCGUCAAGGAAAAAGGGAGAGUUUAACUCUCCGCGGUACCCGAGUAAUUACCCAAGUGACACCAAUUGCACGUACCAAUUCAUCGCGGCGCCUAAUGAACAGGUCGCCAUCGUCUUCGAUCAUUUUAAAGUCAAAGCCGAUGACGUGAACACCACUUCGGGUGCCUACGGAUCUUCUGUUUGUCAAGAGGAUUGGUUGGAAAUAUACAAUCAAUACAGGGACGGUGCCGAUAUUCUAUUGGGUCGAUAUUGCGGCAUGACGGCGCCUGGCCCUAUAGAGUCGGCGAUCGACGCCAUCGGAAUAAAAAUCAUUUUACACGCGGAUCAGGAAAAUGUAGCAAGCGGUUUCAAGGCGCGAUACACGUUUGAGGCUGCUAAAUCAGUAUUCGGUGAUUGCGGCAGCAACGUGACGGGCUUGGACUACGGCGUAAUAUCGAGUCCCAACUUUCCGGCGAACUACGAAGGACCUAGUCGAGGAGUCGCUUCGCGCACUUGCAAUUGGUUCGUUGCGGCGCGUCCGCAACACAAAAUCGUACUUAAUUUUGAGUUCUUUGCCGUGGAAGGAGAUCCGGCCGCCCGUGGUUGUCCGGCUGCCGUCUUGCGACUGUGGUCAUCGCCAGGAUCGACGCCUGUUACGCCGCCUGUCGAAUUGUGUGGCGAAAAACCCGCAGCCGAACGAUGGCAGUACUCGAGUACGGGCGGAGCGCUCAGGUUGAGUUUUACGUCGGCGGAUAAGGCGGUCGGCGCGCAAGGGUUCCGAGCCGUUUGGACUGAGGUCAGUACUCCGGAAGACUGCGAUCAAUUCACAUGUGCCAAAUCCGGUUUUUGCAUAUCGGAGCAUCUGCGAUGCAACCGCGUCGACAACUGCGGUGCGGACGAUUCAUCUGACGAACAAAACUGCGCCGCGGACACGCCGGCUCGCGAGUACGGGGCUGUGGCGCUAGGCCUGGCUGCGGCCGCCGCCACGCUGUGCGGUGCAUUCGCGAUGUGCGCCUGGUGCCGCAGAGAACGGCAGCGUCAGGCGCGGCGACGGGCACGAAGGAGUCGCGGCCACCCUGCUUCGAGUAUCGGAUGUUCAGUCCGUGGCUACGACCCAUCGAGCAUCGCCUGCUCCGUCCGCAGACACCAGCCUCAGCAGCCGCCACCGCCUCCGCCUCCGCCGCCGCCUCCUCCGCCACACGUCUGCGACGAGAUCGGCGAACGUUUCUCCAACGGCGGCGACCGCACGAGCGUUUAA